AUGGCCUUCUACUUCGACGACCUCCUCACUGCCGGCGACGCCGAGCAAGCCCUCCGCUACAAGUUCUCGCCCGUCGACGUCCGUCCCGGCUCGGCCGCGACCGAGAGCACCGCCAGCUCGUCGUCCAAGACCAGCACCGCGCCCUGUCUGCGCUCCGCCAGCACCCGGCAGAAGCUCGUUAAGAACAGCGCCCGCUACUCGACCCCCCUCGCCUGCGCGACUUGGCCGUGCAAGGCCCCGCGCGUCGAGGAGAUGCGCCGCUCCCAGUUCCAGUCCCAGUACCAUGCCCACCGCAUGGGCUACUCGUACCUCAACAUAUGA